CCUGCCUCAGUCUAAUCCAGUCUACCACCUAUCAAAUCCUCUGAAAACCAAUCCUUUUUGAUCUACCAGACUACCAUGAAGCUUCUCUCCGUGAUCUUCCUAGCCUGUGCCACCUCAGUCAUGGCCGAAAUUGGCCCUUGGCACCGAUGCAACACCUACCCAGAUUCUGACAAAUGCACACCAGGCUAUUUUUGCGCCACGACCGCUGGAGGAGUAUGGGGUUCUUGUAUUCCUAAGGAAGACGAGGAUCAUUGAGGCCUCCUGGUCAGAUACCAGCAUCUUCUUGUGGGAUUUUGCUGGGGUUUCUC